CUCUGGAAGGGCAUCAGUUCCACCCCAUCUCUCCAUCAGCUCACAAGCCGGGUACACUGAGAACCAUGUGGAAGGAAGUACUGCUAGUUGGCUUUGCGAGUGUUGUCCUGCAGGCUCCGCAGGCACAGAGCGCAGCAGAGAGCGUACCCUUCCACGGCUACCUUCCAGGCGAGAAUGUCAGGGCGAAGGCACCCGAAGGAGACGGAGGCCCCAAUGACAUCUACGCCCAUCUGCCUGUGCGGCGUCCCGAGCUGGACGACGACCAGGUAGUCAUCUACCCGCACAGUCUGGUCUUCGAGUACGGCCAAGACCCAGAGCAUCACAUCUACGAGGUGCACUCGGCCAAGGAACUGGCCAAUCUCGCACACUCCAAGCACGACAAGCAUGGCAAGCACGCACACGACCACCACCAUCACGAUAAGGGCACCAAGGAAGCAGCAGCCAAAGGCACACCCAAGAACCUCAAGCCCGCUCCUCCUGUCAGCAACUCUGUUCCUCCUCCUCCUCCUCCUCCUCCUGCACCUGCUCACCCCCACCCCCACCCACCUCACCAUCCCCGUUCCUAUGGCCCUCCCCCUCCCCCUCCCCGUGGAUCCUACCCACCUCCUCCCGGCGCCUAUCCUCCUCCUCGUCCCUAUCCCUACCAAGCUCAUCACGGUUAGAUAGGUGACCCUCACCCUGCUUCUGUAUAUAACGCUGUCAUUUUCCCUCCUCUAGGCUUAGGUUCCGAUGCCCAUUUCAUCUCGCCAGCUUCCCCUUUCACACCCCCGUCCUUAUAACAUUCGUGUCCGAUUAACUGUAAAUAUCCCGUAGAGAAAACUAAUCCAGUUUGUGGGAGUUUAAAGCCACGCAGUUCUUCCAAGGAAAUUAUUUUCACUGCUCAAUCCUAAAGUGUGGUUCCCCAUGAACAAAAUCCUGAAAUUCCCAUCCUAUCGUUCCGUCAUGUCCCUACGUCGUCGUCGGCAGGUGUCAUCCUGCCUUUCCUUCCCCAGUGCUUGAAUGCGACGCACUAACUAUGCCCUUUGCCAGAAACAGCAUCCUUGCCCAGACCCUGUAUCCUCGUCUGCCCCGUCGCCCUGUCACAUCGUUAUCCCGUCAUUAUUGUCCCAAGUCCUGUACCCCAGAGUCCUGCUGCUCUCCACGUCUAAUGGAUGAUGACUAACAAUUUUGCUAGUUAAGCUCCUUCGCCAGGCUACGGCCUAUUACAUGCAUCCCUGAUCCCUCAUUUACUAACGGUCUCAUGUCCAUUUGUCUCCAGUCUCCUAUUUGAUAAGGAGACUCGCUGACAUUCUUGGUCCUCCCGGAUCUCCCAAGUCCUGGACAGGAUUAAAGACUUCAUCCUAACCCGUCAUAGCCUUCACCUAGUCUUCCUGUCAGUUUUUUUCACAGCUUAAGUGAAGCUGUAGGAAGCUUUAUCCCAAUGACCUAUUCCCCUCCCUGUUCCCAGCUAAGGUAUUAUCAGUACUAAAAUCAUUGCCAUGAGAAUUUCUCUUACUGAGGGAAUAUCUCACAAUGACAAUGUCCUAAAUAGAGAUUUUACACGUUUCAUAUUUAGGUCAAUCAUGCUACAAGUCCCUCGUCCUUAUCCUUCACAUCCCCUGCCCUGCAUCCUCGGCUAGACCCAUUAACCAACCCAUUCCAUCAUGAAGAAGGUCCUCACCGUAUUCUCCCAUCCCAUCCUGAAGAAAGUUCUUACCGUACCCUCCCUUCCCAUCCAGAAGAAGGUCUUCACCAUGUCCUCCCAUCCCAACCAGAAGGUCUUCACCAUAUCCUUCCAUCCCAUCCUAAAGGUCCUCAACGUAUCCUCACAUCCCAACCUGAAGAAAGUCCUCACCAUAUCCUCCCAUCCCAUCCUGAAGAAAGUCCUCACCGUAUCCUCCCAUCCCAUCCUGAAGAAAGUCCUCACUAUAUCCCCCCAACCCAUCCUCACGCCUCCCAGAUAUCCAAUCGUCCCAGUCCUGUUCCAAAUACCCAUGGCCUGCAACCUUUUCUGGAACUGAGAAUGUCCAAGGCCUUCAUUCUCACAUCCCUAAAAGGCAUCCUGUCAUCUCCUCCUUAUCCUCCCUAAAUUCAAGCCUCGAAUCCUCUCCUGAGAUCCCAGUAUCCUGCAUCCUACGACCUCAGCUCCCACGCCCCUUUGAGGGUUCCCGCCUCUAUCCCCACUCAUCCUUACCCUGGGAUUCCAUAACUAACAAAAUGAACUGCCAUCAGUUCACUACGCCCUCCCCAAGUUCCAGCAAGGACGCUUAACAUAUCCUGCAAUCCUGCCAGUUAUCCAGUCCCUUUAUCCUACAAUCAACCUGACCCGAUCUUGCAAAGUUGUCCAUCCUCAUCACCAAAUCCUAAUAUCCUCUGUCCUCCAAGAAGAAACCUCCAGAUCCUCAACAACAGCAAGUUGUCCUCCGACCCAAGUCCUAUCAACCCGAUUCCUACAGUCCUUCAAUCCCAUUGUUUCCGCGAAAAAGGAAGUCUUCCACAUUCCUCUUCGACCUUACCCUCAUCCCGGACUUUGUCCUCAUCCCCAGCCUCAUCCUCACCCCGGUCUUCUUGAUGAUCACCUUCAUCCUCCUCCUCGACCUCGUUCUCAUCCCUAACCCCAUCCUCCACGACCUCAUCCCUGAUCCCGUCCAGCUCCACCUCGUCCCCAUCCCGGUCUUCAUCCUGAUCCUCACCCUCGUUCUCAUAGACCUCUUCCUCAUCCUUAACCCUGCUCCCUCAGCCAAAUCCUCAACCUGGUCUUCGUCCUAAUCCUCACCUCGUCCUCGAUCACCUACAUCUGCAUCCUGAAGACGGACAUCCCUGCAGCCGGCAAGACUCCACGUUACUAAUGGGCAUUUCCUUUCAACAUGUGAUAUUGUGAUAUGUAUUUAUACGCACAUAUAUAUAACUUAUGAAAUCAAAUGCAUGGUGCUAAAAUAUCAAAAAUGGUAAAAAAAAUAUAAACGUGUGACUGAUGCCAUGAGUAGUCGGUAUGAGUGAAUGCAUAUGCAUUGUAUUUUUUUAUUUAAAUCUUUAUUAAAGAUACGUGACGAAAUA